AUGGGACUUGAGGGACCAGAGACAGCUGCGCAGCCACAAGUGACCCUGCUGCCUACCAUCAAUGGGAGUAACCCACAAUACGACAGUGUGGACGGCCACUGGCCAGAGACCCCAGAGAAGUCGCCCUGCGUGGCUGGUAUCAUACCUGUCAUCUACUACAGUGUCCUACUGAGCCUGGGGCUGCCUGUCAACGUCCUGACUACAGUGGUCCUGGCCCGCCUUGCUGUCAGGACCAAGAAACCCUCCUACCAUUAUCUCCUGGCACUCACAGCCUCAGAUAUCGUCACACAAGUGGUCAUCGUCUUCAUAGGCUUCCUCCUGCAGGGAGCCGUGCUGGCCCGCCAGGUGCCUCAGGCCGUGGUGCGCACGGCUAACAUCCUGGAGUUUGCUGCCAAUCACGCCUCAGUCUGGAUUGCAGUCUUGUUCACGGUGGACCGCUACAACGCCCUGUGCCGCCCCUUGCGCCAUCGGGCCACCUCGUCCCCAGGCCGGACCCACCGCGCUAUUGCCGCUGUCCUUAGCGUUACCCUACUGACCGGCAUCCCAUUCUACUGGUGGCUGGAUGUGUGGAGGGAUGCAGACCCUCCUAGCACUAUGGACAAACUCCUCAAGUGGGCUCACUGUCUCAUCGUCUACUUCAUUCCCUGCAAUGUUUUCCUGGUCACCAACUCUGCCAUCAUCCUUCGGCUACGGAAGAGGGGCCAGAGAGGGCUGCAGCCAUGGAUGAGCAAGAGCACAGCCAUCCUCCUGGGUGUCACUUCUCUCUUCGCUCUCCUCUGGGCACCGCGCAUUUCUGUCAUGCUGUACCAUCUGUAUGUGGCUCCUGUUCACCGGGACUGGAGGGUCCACCUCGCCUUGGACAUAGCCAACAUGUUGGCCAUGCUCAACACGGCGGUCAACUUUGGCCUCUACUGCUUCAUCAGCAAGACUUUCAGAGCCACAGUCCGACAGGUCAUCCAGGAUGUCCACAUGUCUUGUGCUUUAAAGUCACAGCCAAAGGGAACGGUGACAGAACUUGUGCUGAAGUCUGUAGGGGCAGAGUUAUAG